AUGGGCUACCCAGGCGUAGAUUGUCCAGGACAUCUAAAAAGGUCAGAGGGUUCACCAAUCGUGCCUCACUCAGCAAGGAAAGUUUUGAAGCUUGAAGGGACUCCAGGAAGCAGCCAGUAUUUAAGCAGUAGGGUUGGUUCAAACAGAAAAGAUGCAUCUGGAAAUAAAAUAAAACGACUGGAGGAAGAUGUUUGUGGCCUUCGAAGAAAAUUAGGGAAACUCAAGGAUAGGGUCUCAGAGUUGGAUAAGGAUAAAGCAUCUAACUCUAAGACAGAACAAGUGGUGGGAAAAGCGGACAGGACGGGGCAGUUGGCAAAGAAGAAAGAGGGACAGGGAAGUGUGUCAAAAAAGGAGGCUGAUUCGAUACUUGAAACUAAGCCGUGCCAGGCAAUCUGUGAACAAGAUGUUGAAGCCAUUGUAGGCAAGGCUAUUGGGGAUCAGAACAAAUUCAAAAAUUUAUGUUUAUACAAGUUCACUCAGGAAGAAUUGGUGUCUUGCACCCGAACAGGGAAGCAAACUAUCAAAUGUAUGGACAAUGUGAAACCCCAGUUAGAUCACACUAAAUUUAAGGAACUGGAAACAUUAGUAUUAAAAUACACUUCAUAUGAUAAACAAAGUUUCAAAAAAAAAAAUGAAAACUUACAGAAAGUUCUUAGAAGAGAGAAAAAUGGAGCAGUCUGACUUGACCUAUAAGCCUUUUGAAUAAAGCAACAUAUAAAAAAUCAUUGGAUUUGGUGUGUCAUUCUGUCCAUCUGUCAUAAUUUUUAACUUGGAUCGUAAUAUAAUAGCCUGCUUGCUGUCUUUAACUUACUGUAAUACAUUUGCUCUUCAAUGAAAAUGCUAACCGACAAAAUUCAUAUGUAUAUGAAUUCUACCUGCCACAUCCAUUUUGGGUCAAAGGUGAUUUAAGAUUUGCACUAAAAAAGCAGUGUUUUUUAUAUGGGAUAUAGUUAAAAAAAAA